GCCAUUAUAUAUAUACUACAUCAUUCUCUCAUUUCUCCCCAAAUCCAUCAGCCUUCUCUUUUACUUCUUUUAGUUGCUGCUUCCUAGCUAGCUAAGGUAGGGUAGAAUAUAUAUAUCACUUGUAACGAGUAGUACAGUAGAAUUGGAAGUAACACUACUACUAGUACUAUUUGCAUUAUUCCCCCCAAAAAAAGAAAAAAAUUACUAGCUCGUACAUUUGAACAUCCUAGUCCAGACGUACGAUAACGUUGUAUAUCCAUCAGGUGUGUGAAAUUGAAAAUGGGGAGGUCACCAUGCUGCGAUAAAGUGGGAUUGAGGAAAGGGACAUGGACACCUGAAGAAGACCAAAAGCUCUUGUCUUACAUCCAACAACAUGGUCAUGGCAGUUGGCGCUCCCUUCCUGCCAAAGCGGGGCUGCAAAGAUGUGGCAAGAGUUGUAGACUGCGAUGGACGAAUUAUCUUAGGCCAGACAUCAAGAGAGGGAAGUUUAGUUCUCAAGAAGAACAAAAGAUUAUUCAACUCCAUGCACUUCUUGGAAACAGAUGGUCAGCCAUAGCAGCACAUCUGCCGAAAAGAACAGACAACGAAAUCAAGAACCACUGGAACACACAUUUGAAGAAGAGGCUACACAAGAUGGGGAUUGAUCCUUCAACUCAUAAGCCCAAAACCAACCCUUUCGGGUCCGGCCAACAGAGAGACAAUGCCAACCUUAGUCACAUUGCGCAGUGGGAAAGCGCUCGUCUUGAAGCCGAAUCCAGACUUGUCCGGGAAUCAAAACUCUCAUCAGUUCAAUCAUCAUCAUCAUCAUCAAUGAGGAAAACUAGCAAAGUACCACCAUUGCAGCCAAUUGUACUACCUUGUCUUGAUGUGUUAAAAGCUUGGCAAGGCACAUGGAAGUCAAGUACUCCUACUUCUAACAAUAAUAGGUUUUUCAAUCCCGGUAAAAACCUCCAAUCUCCGACCUCGACGUUACAUUUCUCCGAAAACGCUUUCCCUUCUCCGGCCACCACCUCAACCACCCCUACUACUACUAAUAAUAAUAAUGCUACUUGUUUUGGUGAAACGACUAUGCCACUUGGAGCCAUAUUGACUAAUGGAAAUGGUGGAAAUGGUAUGCAGCUUAAUGACAUUGUGGGUCAUUACCCUAAUAAUAAUGUUGAUGCUGCUUACUUUGAAGAAUCAUCACUGACGCCAGCUCCAAGUUUCUUGGAAGGAUUUGUUGAUGGAUCUUUUGGAGGCAGCUCGGGUGGUGGUGAUCUUGAGGACAACAAAAAGUAUUGGAACAGUAUCCUCAAUGGGGAGACUUAAUCCAGCAAUCUGAUCAAGUCAAAGUAAUUUUAAAUAAUCUUUAGGUACUUUGUUUUUCAAUUAAUGCUUUCUAGGAAAGCUAUUAGAAACUUGUACUUUAUUUUGUUAGAAGAAGUAGUAGUAGUAGUAAUCUAAAUGUGUUAAGGAAUAAGUUACAUGUCGAUGAAACCAUCUGAGAUAUGUAACCGAGUUUAGAACGAAAUUUUACGUACAACGUACUUUUGGCGAAUUUAUAUUAUUCCGGCCAAGUUUCUAUUUUCAAGGUUGUUAUGAUGAAAUCUCUUUGCAAUUUAUGUGUCUGUUCCCCAUGCA